UAAUUGAUAUCGUCUUUUUAGUGUUUUCAAGGCAGCAACGUUCCUCCAUUGUCGUUUCGUUUGGCUGAUUGGGACCUGGGACUCAUCCGCCCCAGUGUCUCAUGAAAUAUGACGUAGCUUGACGUAGCUGUACAGCUGGUUGCCAAGUGCCUGGGUACUAACAAUUAUGUUAAAGAUGGCGGACAAUCGGCGUUGUUGACAAUGAAAAGGAUCAAGCAUUUAUAAUUUCCCUUUGACAGAUAACCUGUUUUUGUUGAAAAUUCCUCCUCGAAGUUCGUAUAAGAUAUGAAUUCCACUCAGCGGGAAGGAUCGAGGGAAUUCAUCUCGGUUUCCAUGCCAUGGAGAAGUGAAGGUGGCGAUGAUAACAGCAAAGUACGCCGGCACACUUCGCUUUAUCGGAAAUGGCGAGCCAUGUCUUCAUUUCAAAGGUCACUGAUUAUCUUGCUUUUUGUUCUUGCUUGUGUAACUUUUUUGAUUUGGCAUAAGGGACUAAUGUCACUGAGUUACGAUGCAGAGGGCUUGGAAGAAGCUGGAGACCAUAAAGGUCACAAGAUUUCCGAUAAACAUUCUCCUAAAUUUAACAGAGUCAAUAAGCAGGAAAUGAUUGACAACAGUUUAAGAGAUCUGGAAGAGCUCAAAAAGCAACGUGCCAUGGCAUUAAAGAAGGGACCUCCAAAGCUAAAGAAUAGAAAUGAUGCUGGAGUGCUUGCCACUAAUCGCAAUGAUGAUGGUAAAAAUGAUAACAAAAACAAGAUACAUGGAGAUACUGUAGUUCACCAUGAGGACAAACCUGAUGAAAAUGGUGCAGACACUGCUGGUGAUGGUGAAGCAAAUCUUAUGGAAAGUCACGAGAACGUUGCUUUAAACAUAAACGGAGUCAACAUCCUUCCACCAGAGAAACAUAAUGAGCGGCAAAAGAAAGUUGUAGAAGCUUUUAAACAUGCCUGGGAAGGCUAUAGAAAAUAUGCAUGGGGUCAUGAUGAACUGCGCCCGAUUUCUAAGUCAAGCAGUGAAUGGUUUGGCUUAGGGCUUACAAUCAUCGAUUCCUUAGAUACCAUGCUGCUUAUGAAUCUACAUGAGGAAUUUCAACAGGCACGUGACUGGGUUGCCAACAGCUUGACGUUUGAGAAGAAUGUUGACGUGAAUUUAUUUGAGACAACCAUUCGUGUACUUGGAGGACUUUUGAGUGCUUAUCACUUGUCACAGGAUGACUUGUUUCUGAAGAAGGCAAUUGAUCUUGGAGAUCGUCUCUUGCCAGCUUUUGAGUCAAGAUCCAAUAUUCCUUAUUCAGAUGUUAAUCUACUGACUCAUGCCGCACACCCUCCCCGCUGGGGUCCUGAUAGUUCUGUGUCAGAGGUGACCACCAUACAGCUAGAAUUCAGAGAUCUUAGUUACACAACGGGCAAUACCAAAUACAAGGCAGCUGUAGAUACAGUGUCAAACCAUAUCCAUGCCCUUCCCAAACGAGUAGGCCUAGUGCCAAUUUUUGUAAAUGCUGAUACUGGCAAGUUCCGCCCAGCGGCAACAAUCACUCUGGGUGCUCGUGGUGACAGUUACUAUGAGUACUUGUUAAAACAGUGGUUACAGAGUGGAAAGACAGAAGACUGGCUUAGAAAUGAUUUUACAGAGUCCAUGGGUGGAGUGAUGUUACUUUUAAAGCGCGAAUCCCAACCAAGCAAUCUGGUUUACAUUGGUGAACUUCUUCAUGGUCAAACAUUUAGCCCUAAAAUGGAUCACCUUGUGUGUUUUCUUCCUGGUACUUUAAUGUUAGCUGUCCACAAUGGCCUUGACAAAAAAUAUGAACAGUUUGCUAAGGAUCUGUUAGAGACCUGCAUGCAGAUGUACAAACGAAUGCCGACUGGGUUGAGUGCUGAGCUGGUUUACUUCAACCAAGGGCCGUCCGCACAAGGACAGCAAGACAUUACUGUUAGGCCUUUAGAUGCUCACUGUCUGCUGCGACCAGAGACCCUGGAAUCUUUAUUUAUUCUCUACCGCCUCACGGGAGACAAGAAAUACCAGGAAUAUGGCUGGGACAUAUUCCAGGCCAUUGAGAAACACGCCAAAAUCUCUACCGGAGGCUACUCAUCUCUAAAUAGCGUCAAAGACCCAAGGCAAGGAUUUAGAGAUAAAAUGGAGAGCUUCUUUCUCGGAGAAACUCUCAAAUAUUUAUUCUUAUUACUGAGCGAUGUGGAUAUUGUUCCUCUUGAUAAGUUUGUAUUCAAUACAGAGGCUCAUUUAUUGCCGAUUAGGAAAUCUUAACGUACUAACUUAAUUUUAGGAAUUAUCGACUACAAUCGCGGACAGAAAUCUUAGGACACUGAUGUAAUGCAACGGAUUAUCCGUGUUUUACAACUGAAGCACUGCUAUCCUUUUAAAAAUGCGUUGCUGUUCCCCACUCCCCACCCAAUACAAUGAUGAAAAUCAGGAGAUAGGCAUUUCCGAGUUAUCUUGAGCCUCUGUUUCAAAAACGAAUGCUCAUGCAAAACCUUUCAUAUGAAAAUUUAUGAGUUUGAUUUGCAUGAAAAUGAACCUGUAGGUGGAACACAGUUUCAUACGAAUGGUUUAGCGCGAAGACUCGUUUUGACUUGGCACAGUGGCAAAAGGCAACUCAGAUAUGACCUAUUGCAGGUGCUAGUUUCCAACAUUGUAUGUGGGGCGGUGGGAGAGGCUAGGUAGAUGAAGUUGUAUUCGCGCGACUGUUUGUCUGGCGUGUGUGCAAAAGCGCCAAAAGUGUGAACUUUGUCCCAAGACUUUUGACCAUGAUUGUUAGUUUCUCGCCUGGAUUUGUACAAACUGGUUGUAUUUUAAGUCAGAAAAAGGAAUGAUGUAAUUUAUAUACUUACAAUGUGGAAACCGUAUGUUUUGUAAUGCUAUGAAAAUUUUACCGGUUAUUUAAGGUUCACAUGUCGUGAUAGCCGUCCGUGGACGUAUUCCACGGCUUGUCAUGCAAAGAUAUUGUCACGCUAGAUUAGGCUUUAUUAAUUAGGUCACGUUAGUGCUCGGUCACAUAAUUUUUGGCGACUAUUAUAUAAAGAAAGGAAAGUGUGAAACUACAAUACUGAACUUACAAUAAUUUACAUCUGAUAAUGGUGACAUGCCGGCGGCUACUUUUUAUCCUGAAAUGUUUUUCCAAAUCUCUCGUGAUCAAAUACAGUUGAGUCUCGCUAUUUCGAAUUCUAAGGGGAAACGGAAAAUAGUUCGAAAUAGUGAGAAUUCGAAAUAAUCGAUAGGAAAGGACUAAAGAGCGAGUCCAUGGGAAAUGGUUUUGAGUUAGAAACAACGUACGGGGAAUUUGAAAUAACCGCGUUUUAAUUGGCGGGAUCCACCUGUAUUUGAAUUAGUAAUAGUUAUUGGACCUUGUGUCGCACAAUUCAGGUAGUAAUCGCGGGAGUUAUUUCAAAAUCGGAUUGGCGCAAAGCGCGAGGCCUAUUUGAAAUUACUCGCGCUAUUACUCCCUGAAUUGUACAACACGAGGUCCAAUUACUAAUUAAUCGUAUCUAUAACAA